AUGGCCGGAAUAUUGGGCCAAGAAUACUCGACAGAAUCUCUACAGCAGUAUGAUAUCGAAGUCAAUCUGCACCUCCUCCUGAAGCUUUCCGGAACACUCAGGAGGAGAGAAGAGGUUCCAAGAUCCAGUCGAACAAGUCCAAGUCUGCGUACGUCGUUAUCAAGCAGCAGAGGAACAUCGAAAACCGAGACCAACAGAAGCGAGCAAUCCAUUUCUCGGCCGGGAGAGCAUCUACAGCGUCCCAGACUGCCCUCCCUGUCGUCUCAACAUGGGCCCGGUCCGUCUGAGGUGUCGUCGAGAACAAAUUCGCGCGUAAAUGAUGACCCAGGUCCUGCGGAAAGCACAAACCCGGACGAGGCGGUGGCGGAGGCAGGACCAUCACAAGCUACCGCUGUCACACAGAGGAAAUUCUCAAGCGACCGCAGCGAGGAUGACUCCAUCGGUGUCCGCCCCUCGGAAGGGACCCUUAGGAUAAUGACAUCCCCGGACAAUCAGAUAACGCAAGGUGAAAUCAGAUACGAGGAAAUCUCCAAGCCCGUCAUUGCCAUCGUUGAGCCAGAACAGGGCUUCAAUUUCCUGACGACUUUCCGGGCUAGUGAGCUAGGUUUACGGAAAUUUGUCCACCCACAUGAAGAUGAUAGUGAAGAAUCGUGGAUCGUCGCCCCAGAUGGAACGAGAAUAAGACCAGAUGGUUACAUCGAGCUCGAAUGGUGCCUGCCCCAGUCAAAACCCAUCAGGCUCCAAUUCUUCGUGUUGCCGUGUUGGUGCGAACGGGGAAUAGUACUUGGGGCGCCUUAUGUUGAAAGGAAGAGGCACUACAGAGAACGCGGAAGAGAUCGCAAAUAA